AUGGAGCGAAGAAGUGAUUGCGCUCCUUCCACGUUGCUGACCAUUAUCAUUCAUGCCACGAUCAACAAGUUUCAACAAGUUUCAACAAGUUUCAACAAGUUUCAACCAGUUUCAACCAGUUUCAACAAAUUUCAACAAGUUUCAACAAGUUUCAACCAGUUUCAACAACCUUCAAAUGUUCACAAAUGUCAACGAAGCACAAAAGCUUACAGCAACAGCAGUGUCGGCAGCAGCAGCAGUAGCAACGAGGAUUUCAAAAUAAUGUAUGAACUUCAACAAACACAGCACAAGAAGGCUUCUACUGUUGUUCUCUUCUUAGCAAGCAGCAACAACAACAAUAACAUCAGCAGCAACAGCAACAUCAACAAAAACAACAACAUCAGCAAAAGCAAUCUUGAUAGCACAUCUGAAACAAUUGAGCACACAUCUUUGCAAUUUAUAACUGCUUUCCUGAUUGUGUGA